AUGACUGAAACAAGCCCCCCGAUCGAAGCUCAACGCUUUGGUAGAUCCCAGACUCCCGAAAGUCCACGUCCAGUUCAUCUACCUGAGCCUUCCAACAUCCCAGUCCUGCUAAACCAAAUGGAUCCGGUCUUUAAUGAUACUGAAACCUAUAACAUUCCACAUGAUCAGACUUUCUCUCCUUAUUCCGAAUCUGCCCGCGCAGUGAAUGAUUCCAAUUCUGAUGAACAAGACGCGGUUCAGAAUUUCCUGAGAGGUGCCGAACAAGAGAAUGCUCGUUUUGAUCCACCACCCACCACCGCGCCUGCGCCCGCGCCCGUUCAAGAUGAUUCGAUCUUGUCGAAUCUUGCCAAUGCUACUGCAUAUUCAGGGAAUGAAACUACAUCCCAAGCUCAUGAUUUAGUUGGGCCCACUCAAGAUUUGUCCAAGCCUGGAUUUGAACCAUCUGAACCGUCGUCAGAACCUGGACUUGCACUCCCAUCUGUGGCAGAUGCUCCUUCUUCUUCCAACCAUGACAUUUUACAAUCCAUUACCGAAAGCAUCUCAGACCCAGACUCCAAUGCAAACCCCAACCCUUCAUCAGGUCCGGCCGGGAUUGAUUAUCAGUCUCUUCUCGACACCAUUUCUCAAUCUGCUUCUACUGCUCCUGCUGCAGACCCUGUAUCUGCCCCAACCACUGCAUCUGCCCAAGAUCCAACUACCCAUAAUUUACCCAUUGUUCCAGGCUUACCUCCCAAACCUCCUGCGCAAGAAAAUGGCCCAGAAAAUACUUUUCUUACCUAUGCCCAACCUAUUAAUGAUACUACUCAAGUCGUCCAAGCUCUUUACCAACCACCAGAGAUGCCUCAAAUGCCUACCUAUGAUGCACAACAAGCUCCUGCUCCCAGCUAUGGUGGUCAAGCUCCAGGUCUGAGCUUUCCUCAGUCGUCGCCGACUCUUUCCAAUCCCGGCACCGGUCCCUUUCAACCUCAAGAACCUGUUCGAUCCGCCGAUUUGCCCGAACGGAAAAUGUCACCCGUCACCCAAGCCAAGUAUGACCAAUUUCUCGAAGAUGAACGACGUUAUGUGACUGAAGGUAUCUGGGAUAAAUUUCCUCUAGGAUCUCGCCUGUUUGUGGGCAAUCUACCUAGUGAGAAGGUAACCAAGCGUGAUUUGUUUUUCACGUUUCACAAGCAUGGCCGAUUAGCCCAAAUAUCCAUCAAGCAAGCUUAUGGGUUUGUGCAAUUUCUUGAAGCUUCAUCAUGCGCAUCUGCUUUGGCAUCGGAACAAGGUGUGGAAAUCCGAGGAAGAAAGGUUCAUCUGGAGGUCUCCAAACCACAAAAAAACACCCGCAAUGCAAACAACCAGGGAAACAAAAGACGCCGCUCACGUUCACCGGACCGUGGCCCUCGACAGAAUGAUCGUUACGGUCGCCACAGUAUGGACAACUUUCGAGAUGAUCGGGUCAACAGAAGGGAAGAUUAUCGCUCAGGGAGAUCCCCCUCACCCAAUCGUUAUCGAUCUGCUGACGAUUAUCGACCACCUGCACAAAGUCCAAGAAUGUUUCGACCGGAAGGCAGACCGAGGUCACCUUACGGCGCUUCAUAUCCACCCCCAUUACCAGUACCGUAUGAUGAAGAGGCCUCUUUACCACUACCUCGACGAGACUCACGCGAUGUCCCAGAUGUUCAACUAUUGGUUCUUGAUCCUUCGGUCGCUCAAAGCUUUAUCCAAUGGAUCGAGCAAGGAUUUCGUGCUAAAGGACUUAGGGCUUCAACAAUCUGGCUAAGUCCAAGACUUCCUUUAAAUGGUGUAGUCAAGAGACAGAUUAUUGAAGGCGUUUCAGCCAUUGUCAAGCUAACACAAGCCACGCAGUAUGUCAGCAAGAUUCCUUUGCAGGUUUUUGAUCGAUCUUCUGGUGCGUCCAACGUGAACUUCAACGAGUAUGUUGAUCUCGACGUUCCUAUUGCGGCAGAUAUUGUUUCACACGCCCGACAGCAAGAACGAAGAAUGGGACGACAGAGAGAGAUGGUGUCUCCAAGUUAUGGUCCCGGGAUGGGGCCUAACCAGUAUAGUCACCAACAGUCUCCUCAAUUCCCACAACAACUCCCACCAAACUUUCCACCACAGCAGCAAAAUUCUUAUCAACAUUACAAUCAGCAAUCCGCUUAUGACUCCCGGAUGUUACCACACAGUCCAGCUACUUUGACACCUGACUCUGCAGGAGCUCCGAACCUUCAACAAUUGUUGGCGAACCUUCGUCAACAGCCGGAUGGGCAAAAGAACAUGUCACCAAAUGACCGACCAGCCCCCGAUCUAGCUGGACUGCUCAGCAAUGCAGUUCGACAUCAAAUCCAAGGAGGCCAAUAUGUGCACCCCUCACCACAGCAGCAGCAUCAGCAUCAACAGCAGGGUCAGUAUGGAGGUGGACCGGGGUAUGGGGGAGGACCACAGCAAUCGCCACAGAAUGUUCAGAACAUCAUGGACACAUUGGCAAGAUAUAACCGAUAA